UGAAACUGCAGACUACUAUAAGUUCUUGCGAGCCGUCUUGGUCUCAAAUGAUGACUAUGGCCUGGACAUUAAUGAACACUACAGUAAGGCAAUCGUGGCGGUUCUUGUGUCUCUUCCUUCCGAAGAGAUUUCGGGGAAUUGUAUACGCCGCAAUGUUCAGAAUGAACAAACGAAUCAUUUACGGCGAUUGGAUUGAGAACGUACGCGUUGCACGUAUACCAUUUGGCGUGUAUCUCAAACGAGGCUACCUGCAAGAAGCUCUGGCCACUAAAUACGUGGCCACGCACACCACGAUUCCCGUUCCUAUCAUAUUAGACAUUGCACCUGCAGAAGAAGGCAAGGUCUGGAUGCUGAUGACUGAGCUUCCUGGCAAGCAGCUUGGCCAACGUAUAGGCAAUCUCAGGAACCUCUCGCCUCACCAGCUGCAGGUCGUCGAAGAUACACUUCGAGAUUGGUUCGACCAGCUGCGGUCCCUUGAUCCCCCAGACCCAGAUGCCGUGUGUGCGUUCGGUGGCUACCCUAUCAAAAGCAACCGCAUCAGCCAUAUGAGGACGGUGGGGCCAUUUCUCUCUCAGAGGGAAUUUCAUAUGAAGUUAGUGGAGGGCUACGAAGAGACAUUGGGAGAUGUGCCGUCCGCGAGCCAUUCAAAGCCUCACAGGAUCUGUUUCACCCACGGCGACAUCAGUCCUUAUAACAUACUCGUAGACGAUGACAAGAAGCCUUGCGCUCUUAUCGACUUCGAAUGUGCGGGAUGGAUGCCGGAGUAUUGGGAGUACACGUAUGCGCUGUACAUCCGAUACCCGCGCUACAAGGAGUGGUGUGAUCUCUUCACGCGCAUUUUCCCUCAAUAUCCCACGGAGUUAGAGGUCGAAUACCGACUGUGGGAGUUCGCUUUUCCGUGGUAAUCAGGGAUGACGGUGCGAUCCUUGGACGCUGAAAGUGUUUUGCUACGCGUGAGUGUGCGAUUAUGUGUUAAGUGAUACCCAUCAGGAUGUGUUGAGCUCUUCGCGUCGGUUUGCAUACUUCAAUUUCCUGGGUGUCUCUGUGUGCAUUCAAACGAAGAUUCGUAUACGAGGGAUGAUACUGUAAGCUCAUGACAUUGUCACAUUGGAACUUUUGUCAGUAGACUUGUUACGCUCACGUACUAAGUGUCCGCAUUUCGCUUCGCUACUCAGAAUGAGACACGACUCCAUCCUCGC